AGUAGACGUGUUAAAUCGUUUGCAACUCAUCAAAUUAGCGUGACUUCUCUCGGAAACCCGAUUAUUUAAUCGCCUGCAAGACGCUCUUUUUGUUAUUACUUUGAUCGCAUUGGUAUAUAGGAAAAACACCGUUUGAGAAGCAGACAAAACUCAAGAUGAGCUUCAAUUUUAAUGAACACGGUCGCACAUUCACUGACAACAAUGGCAAUAAUUCUUUGAUCGAUUUUAACAAUAUGGUAAGUUAUGUUAACUUGUUUAGUUUUUAUGUAACUGUUUCAUCAAUUUGAUGAGUGUUGCCCCAUCAAUUAUUGAGUAGGUAUAUGAUAACUACUAAGUAACGAGGUGUAAGUCUACUUUACCGGACACCCAUUGUUUUUAAAUUUUUCUUUUUUUAAACCAUGUGUUUUUCCACGCUGAUUUCGAAACUAUUUAAUUUUUUUUUUUUACGGAAAUCAUCGAAGAAGCUUGAAAUUUGUCGUUAAUAUGGUUUGAGCUUAUAUACCUAUUUAUUUUCUAUUUGUUUAUCUAGAAUUGACCGUUGUUCAUUGGGAAACGAGUUACUUAUACUAACUAUGGUAUCGAGUUCGAUAUCACGCCCAAUGCGCAGUAAAUCUUUGCACAUUUUUUGGAAUAAAAAAAUAACAUCUAAUUUCCGUAUGUGAUUUAAAUAUUUUUAUUUCGCCAAAAUUGAUUUUUCACUUUUCUUUAAUACCUACCCGACAUGGUUUUAAACAACAAAUCGAGGGUUAUUUACAAUAAAAAAGUACUACAAUAAUUUAACUACACAUAGAAAAAUAUUUAACUUGGUACCCCAGUUCUUACACCUAACGCGUUACCCAAUUUCGCCACGGUCAAUUCUAAAUAAAUGAAUGGAAAAUAAAUAGGUAUUUAAGCCAAAAUCGUAAUAAUAACGAACUUCCAUAACUUCUUUAAUAAUGAUUUCAUCAUUAUUAUCAUUUAUGGUUUUUCAUGAAAAAAAAUUCAAAAAGUUGCGUAAUCAGCAUCAAAAAAUAUAUGGUUUAAAAAUAAAAAUAAAAGGUGUCCGGUAAAGUGAACUUGUUCGAAUUUAAGUAGACUAAAGCCUUGAUUAGCAUAUUUGUUUCCAAUGAUUUUUUUUUUAAUUUGUUACUUGUAAAAAUAUUAAAUAAUGUGUAACUGUAAAAAUAUCUACCUAUUUGAUAGUUAUUAUUUUUUUGAAAACAAUAUUAUUCUGAAAGUAGUAAUAAUAAAAAAUAGCUAAGGGUGUUAAAAAGCAAAAUACGCAAAAUACUGUAUCUACAAUUAGAACCAUUGGAGUAUUGAAUUAUGUUUACCUAAGGCGCCAAGAUUUAUACAAGUCAACCACUGGCCACCAAUUAAUUUUGUUUGAAUACACCCAAUAAAAAGCCUGUACAUUCUAGCAUGAUUUUCUUUUUCAUUAAUCUUUAUAAAAUUUGAUUACUUUUCAAUUAUUGUUAAACUAUUAAAAAAUAGAAAUGUCUUACCUUACUCACUUAUCCACCUAAAUUUAGAUGGAGUCGUGGUUCCUCAAAAAUAUUGUCAACCUCCAACUGAUUGAACCCUCAUUUUAAUUUUCUUUUUUUUUUGUCAUGCAAAUGCUUUUAUAUAGCAGCAUUAGGUAUACAAUAUGGUGACUUCAAAAGUGUUUUGCAGACAGAAAUCUUUUUAGGAGAGUUUAAAUAAAUUGGGUGUCAGACUGCUAGAUCAACUCGUGUAAUAAUCACCUAUUAGGUGUUUAAUAUUUUCAUAUUUCCUAUAAACCUAAAUAAAUGUAUUAUUAAUUUGUUCGCUAUAGAAAUAAUUGGUGACAUCUCUACUAUAAAUUUUAUUCUGUCCUGGAUUGCCUUUCCUAUAAGUUCUUAUAUACUACGUAAAUUCUACUUACAUUAAUAUGCCUGAUUACAACAUUUAAUUGCACUUUGUCACAAAGUAGUAGAAAGAUCAUAAAUAUUGUAAAUAUUUAAUGUUCUACAAGGUACCUGAAGUACUUAAAGGAACCUUUUGUCUAGGUUUAGUUUUUUAUUUGAUACCUGAAAGGAAAAAGACAUUCUCAAUUUAUUUAAAUUUUUCAAUUGAAGCAAUUUAUAUUUUUUUUUAACAGUCUACUUAAUUUUAACCUAUUUAUUUAUUGUAUCUUAUCUAGUAGUUGUUUAAGGAUAAAUUGGUGUUUAAUGCUUAUUCAAAUGUUUAAUAUCUGUGGUUAUUUUAUUAUUAUUAUAAAUAACUGACUUAAUCACAAAGUACACAGGUAUGUAACCAAAAUUUUCUUUUUAUUGAGGAGAGGGGGUUCAAACAUAAUCUGUAGAAAAUCAAAGUACCAAGGCUCCAUCGACUCCCUGGCCACGUGUCUGGAAGUACAUUCUAUAUCGGGGGUGGCCACUAAUCUUAAUUUUGAGCCGCAAAUUUAUGAAGCUAAUUCGAGGCAAGCCACAUAGUAAAGCAAUGUUUAUAAAAUGAAGACACAUUUUUCAUUUUAAAUCAAAUGAAGGAACAUUUAUUUUUUACACUACACAAAACAUAAUUAUUAAUAUUAUUGUUGUUUUACUUAUGAAAAGUGCUUUUUCGAGUGUUCAUUUUUUCUGCAAGUUUUUUGAAAUCCAGCUGAUAUUUAUAAGUGCAGCUCACAUAAGUUCACUUAAAUGUUCCUAAUGGAAUUAUAUAUUUAUUAAUUUUAGUUUAAACUUGGUUCAAGAACCACGUGAAACUGAUUUAAGACCCGCAUGUGGCUCGCGAGCCUCGUUGUGGCCACCCCUGUUCUACAUCGAAAAAUAAAAUCUGUUCAUAUAAUUCAAGUAUACAAUAUUUUUACUGAAUGAACCAGAAUUGCAACCUUUAUAGCCUGAUAAGAUCUUUUGACUCGGUAGGUAGUCAUUUGGUUUAAUUCGUUCACAUGAACGAAAUAAAUGAUAAUGAAUUGAAUCAUUCAAAUAACUUGUUGCCUUUUUUAAGAGAAAAUGAAGCAGCAAUUCAUAUUCAAUAUCUUUUGAGUUACUUACUAUCCUCUUUAUUUGAGCUAUCCAAUUAUUGACAUACAUAUUAAUGAAAAUAUGAACUUUUUUUCAGGAUGAUGGGCCUGAAUUGUCACCAGAAAUGGAAGCCCAAUGCCAAGCAUUAUCUGACAGCAUUACAGCAAAAGAUAUCCUUUUUUCACUACAUCAUUUUUAUUUUAAAUACGUUUUAACAUUGUUAUAACAGGAUUGCUGCCUGGAAAACCUAGAAAUAUCAGGAAAUUUUAAAUUUGUUUAUUAGCUUAUUAGCUUUAGUAUAUUCUUUUACACCAUGCACAAGUGUAGUGGGUAUGUCAAUGACAUAUUAUUAAUAUUUUAUUAAAUACUCUCACUAGAAACUAGAUCGCAUCACUCGGUUUAAAUUUUUCCGUUACAUUGUUUAUGUAGUUAUUUAUAGAAAAUGUUUGAUAUUUUUCUGUGAUAACAUAUUGAUCACAUAUUUAACAAAAUAUAGAUAAGAAAGUAUUUUGCUGAGAGUUUAUUCUCAGAAGUUCUUGAAUCUGAUAUCUUUUUUAUUUCAUUUGAUGAAUCACUUUACAAAAUAUCUCUAAAAGAGCAAAUGGAUAUAUAUAAUAAUGAGAUUUUGAUGCAAGUCUUCUAAUAAAGUAACAUCAUGUUUUGAGCACACAACUACAAUUAAGGUAUUAAAAGUUUUGAAAAUUUUCAAAAAAUUUUACUAUAAUAAAAUUAUACAAUUUUUAUUGACAUUAAAGUUUUAAUUUAAUGACCUUAAAAAUGGAAUUGACUAAUUCACCCAACAUCAGUAAAUUAUAUAUCCUAUAAAAAAAAAAAAAAAAAAAACCUUUUAUUUCUUUUAUAUAUAUAUAGGUAUAUAUUAUCUUUAAAAAGUAUUCUGGAAAAUCAAGAAAUUUUGAUAUCUGAGGUCUAUAGCAAUUCUGAAAAGUUUGAUAAUAACAUAGAUUAAACUUGGAGUAUUUUAGCAUGCAAAUGCUCGAAGUCACUAACCUUAUUGAUUAUUAUAAUAAAAUUAUUAAAAUUUCUUAACUGAUAUAUGAAUACUAGAUGCUUUGGAUCAUUCUAAGUUUAUUGAUUUUGGAAAAGUCAAUUUUGAAGAUUUUUUCCAAAAACGUUCUUCAAAAAAAUGAAAUCAUUCAACAACAAUAUAACAUUUUUAUCUUUUUUUUUUAUUUAGAUUCCGUAAAAACAUGAUUUUUUGGUUCUUAAAUGUGCAUAAUAAUCAAUUUUAUACAUUUUAUGUAUUAGAUUUCUAACUGAUAAAAAUCUUAGAAAAAAAAAACAUGUAUAUGUUUAUAAAAUAGCUAUA